GCCACGAUAUAACCAGGAAAAGGCCGUUGUUAGAAAGUUAAAAUUUUUGUUGUUAAUUUGUUGUAUUUUGAAAAAUGACGGCAAAGGAUAAGGGUGGUGUUGCUGGUGGACGCAAAAAGGCCAUUAAGGCAGUAACCAAAUCAGCCAAGGCUGGUUUGCAAUUCCCAGUUGGCCGUAUUGGCAGAUACUUGAAGAAUGGCCGUUUCGCCAAGAGAGUAGGUGCCGGUGCCCCUGUCUACUUGGCAGCUGUACUCGAGUACUUGUGUGCAGAAAUUCUUGAAUUGGCAGGAAAUGCCGCCAGGGACAACAAGAAGUCCCGUAUCAUUCCCCGCCAUAUUCAGUUGGCCAUAAGGAACGACGAAGAGCUUUCCAAGUUCCUCGGAGGUAUCACCAUUGCCGCUGGUGGUGUUAUGCCAAAUGUCCAAGCCGUUCUUCUUCCCAAGAAGAACAAGAAGGAUAAGGAAUAAAUUUCUUACCUUUAACUUACUUAGCAUAUUACACAUUGAUAAGUAAUGGGAUUUUACGAAUUUCGAAGCCGAAUUUGACGACUUAGACUUACAACUAAUCAGGCUUCACUUGAAGCCAUCUAAUUUUUACCUCACA